ACGGUGACGCGGCUGGGUCCCGCGCGGCUGCGCACGGGGUCGAACUCCCGGGGAGCCUGGCGCGCGGGGGUCCGGCUUGGGUUCUGAGCUGCGGCCGUGGGGCUGGGGCGGGCGCUCCCCAGGGGUCCGGGCGCCGCAGCAGGCGGGAUCGGGGCCGCGCAGACCUGGGCUUUGCGAAAUCGCAGUAGGAAUGGCCACCUCUGGGCUGAUACCCGCGUUCGGGCGUUACUGGGCCUGCAGGGAGGAGCGCCAUGAGAACGUCACAGCCCGUGAGGAGGCGGAAAGCCAGACCCCGGGUGGCCGGCAGCCCCGGAGAGGACUGGCGACCCUGGGUGGCCGGCAGCCCCGCGAGGACUGACGGAAGGCGCGCGUGAGCGAGCUCGGGGCUGGAAGUGGCCUCCCGGUGUCUCUCCGCAGGGUUGAAUUUCCCGCCGUCGCCCACCCUCUUUCCUUUAGCUCAGACCUUCAGGAAGGCGGCAGAAGUCGUGCCAGGAACGCCCAGAAAAUGCUGAUUCAAUGAGGUUGCAAAAGAUGGGCUGAAAUUUGAACCUCAGCUGAAGUGAGGUGGUAGAAGCUCCCACCUGUCAUUCAACCAGCUGUUUUUAGCACUAGCUAGAGAGCAGUGAAGAAAACUGACAGGGUCCUUCCCUUGAGGAGCUUGGAGUCUUGUAAUUCAGACACCAAGUGCAGCAAUGUUUGUAGAAGGGAAGGAGGCACUUAACCCAGCCCAGAAGAGGCUAAAGGCUGCGGUUCACUACACGGUGGGUCGUCUUUGUGAGGAAGUUGCAUUGGACAAGGAGAUGCAGUUCAGCAAACAGACCAUUGCAGCCAUUUCAGAGUUGACUUUCCGACAGUGCGAAAAUUUUGCCAAAGACUUGGAAAUGUUUGCCAGACAUGCAAAAAGAAGCACAAUUAACACCGAGGACGUGAAGCUCUUAGCCAGGAGGAGUAAUUCACUGCUAAAAUACAUCACGGAGAAAAGUGAUGAGAUUGCUCAGUGUAACCUGGAACGAAAGGCAAGGAAGAAGAAGAAGUCAGAGGAUGGAAACAAAAGCUCAAGGGAGACUGCAGAAGCUGAGGCAGUGGACAGCGAGGACUGAGCUCUCCCACUUAGAAAAGCAGCUCAGCAGGUAGAGCCUCUGGGAGUGCCUGUCGCCACAAGAGGAGUUUUGAAGGCAUAAGUAGAGAUUUAAAGGAAAAACAGGCUAGGUAGCUUUGUGUGCUGAAUUCUCCAAGCCAUUAACUGCAAAAGCUGGUUCAAAAGACACCCAGAAAGUCCAACAAAUACGCCUGUGUGUUCCUCAAGCACACAAAGCAGGUGUGCGUACGAAUGGGGUACCUGGGACUUACAUGCACUGUAGCUGAUAAAAUUGGGUGGGCAAAUAAACAUGAUAGGCUUUUUCAAGCAAAAACCAUAGUUAUUUUUAAUUCUUUUACAUAAUUUUCUUAGCUAAAGGACAAUUUCUGAAAGACAAAUAAAGCUGUAUUUAUAUAGCU